AUGUCGAAUAACUCAGAUAGUAACAAUCAACAACAACAACAACAACAAAAUAUGCGUUCAGUAAAAUUACAAACAAAUUUGUGUAUAUCACCAUCAUGUACUUUAACAAGUGAAAUUAUUUGUCGUCAUUGUUCACAACAAUAUUGUAAAUUAUGUUUUAUGUGUCAUCGAAAAAAUAUUCUUGAUGAUAUGCGAUCAAUAUAUGAACAAAUGGAAUUAAAUCGUCGUGUAGGUGCUGCUGAAGUUAUGUCAUUUAUUGAUAAACAAGCAAAAGAUGCACAUGAACAAGCUAAAAAACUUAUUGAUGAUGCUAUUGAUCGAAUUGUUCAAGCAAGUAAAAAUAUAUAUACAUAUAUUGAAAAUCGUCGACAAGCUAAACUUGGUCGAUUAGAUGAAUGUUUAGAACAAUUUGAUAAAGAUGCUGAUUUACUUGAAUUAAAAAUAAAAGAUCAAAUCUUUUUACCAGCUAAUAUUAUGUUAGAUUUACGUCAUAAAUAUGCAUAUAAUAUGUUUGAUAAAAUAACUUCAACAAUUGAUAAUAAACCAGCUGAAUUACAACGUAAAAAUGAAAUAUUUUUUGAUGAUUAUCGAUAUUAUAAAGAAUUAAUUAAUCUUCGACAAAAAUGGACAUUUUUUCAAGCUGCAUUAACAACUGUUUAUUAUCCUAUGAAAAAAGAUAUUUCUUUAGAUAAAAUUCUUACUUUUCUUGAAUAUCGUCAUGAUCGCGUAUUGGAUAAUUAUCGAGAAUUUUUAUCAAAAAAUGAAGAUUCUAAAGAAUUAUCAUUAAAACCAGCUGAAGACUUAUUAAAUGAAUUAAGUUUUCUAUCAAAAAAGAAAUUAUUAGCAGAGUGUGAUAAUUUUUCAUAUAUUGAUGAAUAUCAACACGAAACUCAUAUUGAUGAACAAUUAUCUCAUUCGGAAUCUAUUGUUAAAAAUGGUGAAAUCAAACAAGAAAUGGAAAUAAUACCAAAAACUGAUAGUGGUAAUUGUGAUGAUGAAAGUGAUUCAAAUUCAGGUUCUAGUGAUAGUUGGCAAAUUACAUAUGGAGAUGGAGAAGAAGAGGAAGAAGAAGAUGAUGAUUAUGACACACGAUUUAUGAAACUUAGUCAAUCAAUGAAAACACUUGAAAAACAAUUCCAAAAUGAUUUACAACAAGUUGUCAACAAUGAUCAAACUAAUUAA